UAGCUCGCUCUUUAGCAGACUUAACAUCAUGUAUGUAGCAUUUGUGUAGCAUUAAGCAUAAGCAAAAUUUUGCGCGCCUUUUGACGGCGUUUGGAGUUAGCGAAGUGAAAACAACUAAUCGCCUGCGUAAAACAGUCGUAACAAUCAACGUUUUCUGUUCGUUUGAUGCCUGCCGAAGCGCAAGUUUAUCAAGAUGGAUCGUAAAGACACAUCGGUUAAAGUGAGUGAAAGUGAUUUUGAACAUGGAAAUUACCCCUAUCUACCAACCAGCACACCACUGCGCUCAGAUGCACCUCAUCACAAUUUUAGUUUGAAUACGCAACCAGGUUCUGGCAAUACUCAUGAAACUCCUAAAAGAAUGAAGCUUGAAGGCAGUAUUAGUGACUCUUUCAACACAAGUAGUGCAGAAUCUAUUCCUAGCAGUCCUUGGGAAUGGCGCAAGAUGAAGGCAGAGUUGAUAAGUUUGAGAACAAGACUCACUCAUCAAGAAUCAACAGUUCAGCAAUUACAUCAGAUUCGCCAAGAGAUGGAGGAAUUAUUUCAAAAGGAAAAAAAAAUUUUACAAAUUCAAAUGAAUCAAGACAAAACUAUGAUAAAGCAGCUAGAACUUCGAGUCGAUGUAGGAAGAAAAACAAUUCAAGAAAGUAAGGCAGCCCAAUUCCGUGCUGAAAAAGAAUUAGCUGAGAUGAAAAUGAAAAUGGAACAAAAAAUAAUGGUCCUCCAAACUGAAAAUGCUAAAUUAAAGCAGAUAUUGGAGAGAGAAGUUGAAAGAACAUUUAAACCAGAUCCAGAUAGACCAGAAAUAGAAAUUAGAUUAUCUACUUGUACUGAAAAUCUAGAAUUAGCAAAUAAGAGGAUUUUGGAAUUGGAAGAAAAUCUUCGAGAGGCUAGAAAAGAUCAACAAAAAUAUGAACUUCAGAAUGUAGAAUUGCAAGCUUUAAGAGUAAAAGUUGAACAAUUUAAUUCUGAAAUAUCUCACAUUGAAGAAAGUAAAAAAUUUACAGCAAGAGCUGCUCAAGCAUAUGAGCUGGAAAAAGAAUUAAAUCAAGCAAGAGCAAUGAUCACGAGUUUGAGGGAAUCUUUGAAAGGAAAACUUCUCUUAGAAGAACAAAUUGCACAUUUGAAUUGCCGACUCCAGCGUACAGAAAAUCUUGAGAAACAAGUCUCACAACUAGAAUUUUCACAAGCAGAGCUUCUUUCUAAAUUAUCUGAAUAUGAAGAAUUAGGAAUAUCUGGAGGCCCUUCAGCUGUCAGACGAGAAAUUAAGAGCUUACAAUCUGCAGUCUUAGAUUUAACUGCAGAAGGAGGUGAAUUACGUCAAAAAAUAAAUAUCUUGGAAAAAGAUUUAGCCAAUGCUAAUUCUAAAGUAGAGGAAACCAAAAAACUACUUACAGAUACAAUUAAUUCUCAUGACAGAUUAACUCGAUUUGUAUCUAGAUUACAAAAGAAAAUGUCGCUUGUUACAAGAGAACGAGAUAGUUAUAGACAGCAACUAGAUAGUUAUGAGAAAGAAAUUACUGCCUAUCAUAAUAAUGAAAAUCCUUCUGUGUCUAAUGACAGAAUACCAGUUCUUGAACGCACAAUUGAAAGUUACAGAGAACUAGUAGCCAAACUUGAAGCUGAUAUUGAGGCUUUAGAUGGUGCGCCGCAUUUACAGGCAUUUAAACUUUUGAAAGAAGAAAAUGAAAAACUAAAAGAUGAAAUUGCACAUCGUGCUUUGAAAGGUGAUUUCAAUAUCAAUACAAAAAUUGUUCAUUAUAAAUUAAACCCUGCAGCAUUAGCUGAACAACAAGCUGAAGAAAAGGAGAAAGCUUUACUAGAAGAGGUUGAACAACUUCGAACAAUUGUGUCCAGUGGCAGUACUGGAAAAGGCCCUGCUCCUUCUUUUUCAUAUCAUUCCAAAGAAAUUGCCGAAAUACAAAAUAAUUACGAAAUCAAAAUGUCUCGACUGAAAGAGGCUUUCCAGGCCACAUCGCAUGAGUACAGACAGGCUUGUUACCAAUUGACCGGUUGGAAAAUCGAUCGAACAAAAGAGGGACAAUAUAAAUUGGCGAGUCAGUACGCUGAAUCGCCAGGUGAUUAUUUAUUUUUCCUUGUCACCGAUGAUGAUGUUAAUAUGAUAGAAACACCUUUUUCGGCGACUUUGACGCAUUUGAUUGAUCGGUAUCUUCAGCAGCAACAGAGCGUGCCCAUGUUCCUAAACGCUGUUCAGUCAGAAUUAUUUGAUCAGCAAACAAUGUGUCAUUAAUUCAUUUGUAAUAAUUUUCAAGUAUGCACAAUAUACUUGAAUAGCAAUUCGUAGGGUAUAAUUAAUGUUGAUAGCGAGCGAUAAGUUGUCAAUUUUAUGAACAAAGAAAGUGUAACAUGUUUUAUACUGUAAAAUCGUGUAAAUAGUACAUAAUUAUAAUUAAAAAGUUUGUACAUUCUAUAAAAAUAAUACUACAAAAAUUUUUUAAUAAUGUACUAGCAAUAUGAUUUUAUUAGCAUAGCUUAAGUGAAAGUAAAAAUUAAUAUUUUCAAAUAUGUUUCUCGAACUAUGUACUAGACGCGUUCUGGUGAAAACUACGCGAGUGCCUUCCUUUGGAUACUUCUGAACAAUCGCGUAGUUUUUUAAAUUUAUUUAUUUUUCAAUGAAAAUCUCAAGAGAAUUAUGUAAAAUUUUUCGUUGUAACAUUGUCUUUGGUGUUAUAUUGAAUUGGUUUUAAGUACUUAGAAACUUGAGAUUGCGAUUAAAAACCGAUAAAAUUAAAUUGUAUUGUUAAGAUGAAUACGUGUAUCUAUACAUA